AUGCCCGAUACCUCCCUCAAAGAACCCGAUGAAGAGCGCCCCCCCCACAGGGCGCGAAUCUUCGAAGCCGGCACCACGGGCCUGCUCGCAAGCUGCGCUCGGAAUACAACCACCACCGCUCCGAGUACCACGUCUUCUGCGCCGGCGUUCAACGUCCUGACGAUCGCGCAGAUGGUCGUCGGGGCGAGAAUCACCGCGCUGAGGCCGAGCGGCGGCGCGCACCUGCUGGCCAUCACCGUCCUCAGGGCCGUCCAUACCGUCAUCGCAGGCGUGCUCGCCUUCCUCAAGGGACGGGCCCUGCCUCAGCGGCUGCGGCGGAACAUCUUCGAGCUGCGGAAGGUGCUAAAUGCGAUCGAAGAGACCCAAGUCCGCUUGCGGUACAGCGACCCCGAGCACUUCACGGCGGAGGAGGUCAUGGCCCUGAUGGAGGAGGCGCUGCGGCGCUACGUGGCGGCCGAGGAGAUUAUCGAGAAUAAUCAGCCGGGGCCUCAGUCGCUUCGAGUGAGUUUGUUGGGGAAGGCGCGGCAGGGUGAUGAGGAGAGGGGAGGGGGCGUUCAUCAUAGUGGUUAG